AUGACAAUGAGCACCUCCGCCGACCCUUCGACUGGGAGCCCGUCAUCAUCAUCAUCAUCAUCAAAGCAGCAAUCCCACAACGGCAACCAUGACAUCCACUUCGGUCCCUUCAAAGUAACCAACCAAGUCUUUCUCCGCACACCGCACUCCUUCGCCCUAGUGAACCUCAAACCUUUGCUGCCUGGACACGUCCUCGUCUGCCCUUUGGUCCCGCACAAGCGUUUAACCGACCUCUCCCCCGCGGAAAUCACCGAUUUGUUUUCCACGGUGCAAGUGGUGCAGAGGAUGUUGGGACGGUAUUACUUUCACCCACAGUCCAUAGAGGAUGACCAUGGCGAGGGGGUAAAUGAUAAAGUGAUGCUAGAAACAGGCGGUUCCUUCAACAUAGCCGUGCAAGACGGUCCCGAAGCCGGCCAAACCGUUUCCCACGUGCACGUGCACGUCAUCCCGCGGAUUCGCGACGUGAGCGCCAAGGACGCCGAGACGCCGUCGGAUGAGUUGUAUGAGUGGAUGGCGGAGGAGAAGGGGAAUGUAGGGGGGGCGUUGUGGGAUAGGGAUAAUGGGCAUGGGCAGGGUGAUGGUGGGCAUGGGAAUGGUGGGCAUCAUCAUCAUCUUCUUCAGCACAGCAGUACGUUUGGGCAGCAACGAGAGGAUGCCGCAUCUGGACGACAACAACAGUUAAACGGGAGUGACGUCCAGAAGAAAGAGGUGGAGGCGCUUUUGGAAGAGGAGGAGAAGGGGAUGGCGGAGCUGCAGGCGAGACCAAAGCCCGGAGGAAGUUUCCCUAGUAUUGAGGAUGCGGCGAGGACGGCGAGGGGGAUGGAGGAGAUGGAGAGGGAGGCAGCGGAGUAUAGGAGGGUUUUGGAGGACAUGGGGAUAGAGAGUGUAUAG